CUGACACAACCCACUGUCACGCACGAGCUAUCAAGCAUCACAGAAGAACAACAAGAUACCGAGUACAUCGGCAACGACAAGACGACAACAAACACCGAAGUACAACAAGACUCCAAGUACACCGCUUUCAAGAUUCUCAUCACAUUCUUGACCAUGAGUGAGGCGCCGAGAGUGAGUCUCGGGGAUGCCCUGACAUACACGCAUCCCCAGCCCGCUACCACCAACGAGCCCAUCCCAACAAGAGAGAUGUCCGUCGCCACCGCAACAACCAACACGACCGACAACAAAGACAAGAACGAAAUCACCACCACCUCCGUGGCCUCAACCUCCCCUCGCGGCUCCGAAGCAAAAGUCCCCGGUGCGACCAACAUCACCACCUCGGGCGCCGCUCCAGACAACAACAACCCCAACAUCCUCACCGAGAAGUCGCCAGAGGGCUUAGCCUACACGGCCAAAAGCUGGUCCAGCUGGAAAAAAUGGCUCGUCCUCACCGGCAUGCUUCUGGUCCAAAUUUCGCAAAACUACAACGCAGCAGUUUACAUGUCUGCCGUCCCGCAACUUACUCAACGCUUCGAUAUCUCUGCCGCCACGGCCCGCCUCGCUCAAAUGAUUUUCCUGGUAAUGUAUGCUUUCGGAUGCGAACUUUGGGCUCCUUUUUCGGAGGAGUUCGGACGCAAGUGGGUUAUUCAGACGAGUAUGACUUUGGUCAAUAUCUUCAUGGUCGUUGUGGCGCUUGCUCCAAGCUGGAGUUGGGUCUUCGCGGCUCGUGCGUUGGGCGGUUUGUCGAGUGCUGGUGGCUCCGUGACUUUGGGAAUGGUGGCUGAUAUGUACAAGCCUGAGGAGCAAUUCCAGGCUGUGGCUUUCACCUGCUUCGGAUCUGUGAUCGGCAGUGUUAUUCCGCCGAUUGUGGGUGGAACUGUGGUCGAGAAAUAUAGCGGACUGGCUUGCAUCUGGAUUGCGGUUGCGAUUGGUUGCUUCACCCAGGUGGUUCAUAUUUGUCUCCCGGAGACCAGGCCAGAGAUUCUGCUCGAUCAGGAGGCCAAGAAGAGGAGGAAGAUGGAUCCUAGCGAGACUGUGCAGGGGCCCAUGGAGGCUCAAGGAAGCUUUUGGCAGAGACUGAGCUGGAAGCAUGUUGGCAAGCUGAUGUGGAGGCCUUACUGGUUGCUCUUGACCGAGCCAAUCGUGCUGUUCUUGUCUCUCCUCUCCGGCUUCAGCGACUCUCUCAUCUUCUCUGGUCUGGACUCUUUCGGCAUUAUUCUCAAGAAGUGGGACUUCUCCUCGCAGCAGAUCGGCUUCGCCUUCUUCGGACUUGCUCUGGGCUACCUCAUCGGCUACGCUCUCGGUGCUCUGCACUUCGCCCUCAACCCAGGCCGACGAGUCAAGAACAACGCCGUCCCAGAGCAACGUCUGUGGCUACUCCUAUUCACUGUGCUCGGCCUUCCAAUCGGUCUCCUAGGAUGGGCUUUCACCUCACUAGGACCAGAGCACGGUGUCCACUGGAUCGGAGCUCUCUUCUUCGUCCUCAUCAUCGGUAUCGCCAACUACGCCAUCUACCUCCACACCAUCGAUUACCUCGUUGCUGCUUACGGACCUUUCGCCGCUUCCGCCACUGGUGGCAACGGUUUCUGCCGUGACUUCCUUGCUGGUAUCGCAGCUCUAUACACAGUCCCAAUGUAUGAGAACAUCGCCCCAGGAGGUGACUACAUGACCGUCUGGCCGACUUUCAUGCUGGCUUGCAUUGGUGGUUUCCUCGUCUUGCCAGUCUACUACUUCUUCUUCAAGGGAGCCAAUCUGCGUGCCAAGUCCAAGUAUGCCUCGCAGCUGGAGAAGGAGAGAGAGCAGGAGGCUGCCGACGCGCAGGGAGUCGUGGUCGAGCGCAAGGCGUGA